AGAGUUUGCUCGUUGGAAGGUGAAUAAUUUGGCCUUGGAGAGGAAAGACUUCUUCAGCCUGCCGCUUCCACUGGCCCCUGAAUUCAUCCGCAACAUCCGUCUGCUGGGACGCCGACCCAGUGCCCAGCAGAUCACCGACAGCCUCAUCAGAAAGUAUGGGACACACUUCUUGCUUGCUGCCACGCUGGGAGGAGAGGAGUCCCUGACCAUUUUUGUGGACAAGCGCAAGCUGAGCCGGAGGGCAGAGGCCACCGGGGUGGCUGGGAACAGCUCGGGGGUCUCACUGGAGACCCUGCACCAGCUGGCAGCAUCCUACUUCAUUGACCGGGAGAGCACGCUGCGCCGGCUCCACCACAUCCAGAUUGCCACAGCCGCUAUCAAGGUGACUGAAACACGCACAGGGCCACUUGGCUGUAGCAACUACGACAAUCUGGACUCAGUGAGCUCCGUCCUGGUGCAGAGCCCUGAGAACAAAGUGCAGCUCCAAGGGCUGCAGACAGUGCUCCCCUCCUACCUGCGGGAGAGGUUUGUGGCGGCCCCCCGCUGCAACUGCCCCGAGGCUGACAUUCAGGCGCUGGAGAGCAGCCUGGCCCAGCUCCGGAGAGCCUGGGAGAGCCACCACAGCCAGUUCGAGGAGUCAGAGGAAUUUCAGGCCCUAGUGAAGAGGCUCCCUGGGGACCGUUUCCUGAACAGGACGGCCAUCUCCCACUUCUGGGCCAUGGACCUGGAUGUCCAGCAUCGCUACCAACAGCUGGGCACCAGCCUGAAACUGCUUUCCAGGAAAACCCACCGGCUCAUCCGGCGGCUCUUCAACCUCAGCAAACGCUGCCACCGGCAACCUCGCUUCAAGCUGCCCAAGGAGAGGUCCCUCCCUUACUGGUGGAGCCGCGCACAGUCACUCCUGUACUGCAGUGAGACCACUGUGCCUGGGACCUUCCUGGAAGAAAGCCACAGCUGCACAUGUCCCUCCGAGCAGCCCUCCUGCCAGGGAUCCAUACCAUGUGCCUUGGGCGAGGGGCCAGCCUGUGCCAGCUGCGCCGAGGACAACAGCACCCGCUGCGGGACCUGCAACCACGGCUACAUGCUCACCCAGGGCUUCUGCCGCCCUGAGGUGGCCGACUCACUGGAGCACUACCUGGGGCUGGAGACAGACCUUCAGGACUUGGAGCUCAAGUACCUCCUGCAGAAACGGGACAGCCGCAUCGAGGUGCACUCUAUCUUCAUCAGCAACGAUAUGCGCCUGGGGAGCUGGUUUGACCCCUCCUGGAGGAAACGGAUGCUCUUAACCCUGAAGAGCAACAAGUACAAGCCAGGGCUGGUUCAUGUGAUGUUGGCCCUCUCCCUGCAGAUCUGCCUCACCAAGAACAGCACACUGGAGCCUGUUAUGGCCAUCUACGUCAACCCCUUCGGGGGAAGCCACUCGGAGAGCUGGUUCAUGCCUGUCAAUGAAGGCAGCUUCCCAGACUGGGAAAGAACUAAUGUAGAUGCCUCUGCCCAGUGCCAAAACUGGACGCUCACUUUGGGCAAUAAGUGGAAGACCUUCUUUGAAACGGUCCACGUCUACUUGCGGAGCCGCAUCAAGUCUCUGGAUGACAGCUCCAAUGAGACAAUCUACUAUGAACCCUUGGAGAUGGCAGAUCCCUCCAAGAACCUGGGCUACAUGAAAAUCAACAGUUUGCAAGUCUUUGGCUACAGCCUGCCCUUUGAGCCAGAUGCUAUUCGUGACCUGAUCCUUCAGCUGGACUACCCCUACACACAGGGCUCCCAGGACUCUGCCAUGCUUCAGCUGUUGGAGAUCAGGGACCGGGUAAACAGAUUGUCACCCCCUGGCAAAACCCGCCUUGACCUCUUCACUUGCUUGCUCCGGCACAGGCUCAAACUGGCCAACAAUGAGGUGGCGAGGAUCCAGUCCUCCUUGAGGGCCUUCAACACCAAGCUGCCCAACGCGCUAGAGCAGGAGACGGGCAAACUGUGCAGCUAACAGCCAGGGCUGCUCCGAUCUCAGAGCGAGGGGACUGGGAGAAA